ACAGAUACUCCUCCUUCACUGACUGAAGAAAAGAAAGACUACACAAUGUCAUCAACCAUCACCCAAACCCAGAGCAUCCCAAGCCGCGUUGUCGGUGUGUCGGACACGCCUGCAGCAGACCUCCUCCCCUCUGUUGGUCGUGCAGAGAACGACACCAAAUUCCAGUCGCUUGUCCGUGGUGAUCGAGCGGGUACGUUGAAGCUACGCGGCAUUCCUAUUCACAAGGAUGCAUAUGCGAAACGAAAAUGGAUGAAGGAGCACAUGGCCGCUGCAUUUCGUUUCUUCGGAAAGCAAAAUUUUUCAGAAGGGAUUUCCGGCCAUAUAUCAAUGAGAGACCCCGUACUCAAAGAUCAUUUCUGGAUCAACCCCUUUGGCAAACACUUCUCACUUAUGAAGGCAUCGGAUUUGGUCCUUGUCGAUAGCGAAGGGUAUGUCUGUGAGGGAGGAAACCAAGAAGUUAUCAAUGAAGCUGGAUUUAUGAUACAUUCGGAGAUCCACAAGGCUCGUCCUGAUGUGAUUGCGGCAGCUCAUACCCAUGGAAUAUAUGGGAAGACAUGGAGUGCCUUUGGGCGGAAUAUUGAGAUGAUCAGUCAAGAUGCGUGCAACUUUUACGGCAAAAUCAGCGUCUAUGAUGACCACGGUGGUAUUGCCUUAGCUCAGGAAGAGGGCAGACAAAUUGCUAAAGCCCUUGGAGAUAAUAUGGCAUGUAUUUUGCAAAACCAUGGAUUAUUGACCGUCGGAAAUACCGUCGAUGAGGCUGCUUUCCUCUUUUACAGCUUGGACAAGGCAUGUCAUUCUCAGCUGAUGGCCGAGGCAGCCGCUGCAAAUGGUAUUCCCAAGAUGAUCAUCUCGGAUGAAGUUGCAGCGUACACUGCAAGCUCAGUCCAGAAUCCGCAUAAUCUGUACACAGAGUUCCAGCCAGAGUUCGAGCUCAUUGUCGAGGAGUCUAAUGGUCGUGUCCUUGAAUAAGGUCGUAGAAGGCCAUAAGGAGUCGUAAUGGGUACGUUAUACUCAAUGAUUCACGUAAAAGAUAAUGACUUCAAUACAAGUAUAUAUAUAUAUAUUCAAUUUUUGGAACAAUUCAUGCAAUAUAAAUGGAGAGUUGACUCUGGAGCCCUUGAAUCGAAUUUAAAUAGCAAAUGAUAUCACGUGGUUUACCUCGUCC